CAGUGCGCAAAUUGUAAUAAUAAUAUUGAAAAAAAAACAACGUCGAGAUAACAGAGUAACAGAUUUGCACUUUGCCGAGUACAGACUAUACUGAGUAUACUGAGUAGUAUUGACGUAUAUAGUACGGACGUCAGUAUUCGGUGUGCAAGUAAUAUUUUGUUAUUAAUUCUCGUGUCGACGUCCGUUUGUCCGUUCGCACACGAACAUUAAAAAACAAUAUUAUGUCAAGACUGGAAAUUUCGGUACCGCCGAUCGCCUUCCCACUCCGGUCUAUAUAGACCUUAAGGGUCUGCACCCACGACCCACCUGAUCUGCCUACGUUCGAUCGCCUAAUCCGUUUCAGACGUCCCCGCGGCCAUAACUCAUAAUCGUUGUUUCGCAGUCGUGUAUUUCGUGGAGUGCGCACAUCGUCGUCAAUGGCAUUUCGAGAAGCUGUCGUACGCACGUCUGGUCGUCGUCUCGUAGUAGACAUCCAUCGACAAUCGCCGAGACCAUAAUAUCAAUACGAUAUUGUCGUUAUUUUCGUAUUGUCGUCUACCGUGCUUCUGUGCAAUGUCCGUCACCGUACAGCAGAUAUUGUCCGACGCCAAGCGAUUGGCGUCCAAACUCAAAGAGCACGACACAGCGGCCGAUGCGUUGUUGUCCCAAGCCCAGUUCGUCUACAAGAAGAUCGACGCCAUGAAACAAUAUACGGAUGAUUUGUCAGAACUCAACGACAUGGAAGAAGGAGGUCUCCCACAUGAAGAACUGGUCAACUCUAUUCGGACUGAAAGUCGGCAGCUUCAAGAGAUUGUACGCGAAAACCGCAUAUUAAGAGCAAUGGUUGCUGAGCACCAGACUGCGCUAGAAAUGAUCAUGAGCAAAUAUCGGUCCCAGGUUUCACAUCUUGUAGCUCAAAGCAGCGCCGACCAGCUUGUUAAUAAUAUCACAGCUAAGACAAUAGAAGAGAAAAAUGCUUUGAUCAUUCAACAGGAAGAACGUAUCAAAGAAAUGAUGGCUGUCAUGAGUCUCGCCUCUCGUUUAGAAGCUGAAGAAGCAAGUAAAAAGGAAGAAACUAUUGGCAGGUUACAAAUUGAAAACCAAACACUUAGAAAACUAUUGAAAAUAUCCACUGAUCUAUCUGUAGAAAAAGGACCAGACAAGAUGUUGGCAUCUACGUAAACUUAAUACAUUACCAUUGCUAUAUCAAAAUACUCCCGAAAUAUUAAAUUCAAAUGCCAUUAAUAAUUGUGUCAUUAUAAUAAUUAAGAAAAUACAAACAAAUAAUGAACACAAUCAUUUGGACUUAAAUUAAGAUAAUCAUAAAAUAAUUUUGAAGAAAAAAAACAUACAUUAACAUAUAACAUAAUAUUAUAUUCAUAUAUUCAAAUCAGGAACAAUGUUGUGUCAUCAUCGUGUAUAGUGUGGAGGAAAACUAAAUGUAUGAGAUCCAAUGGCACCUACAUUUGGCAAUCGACCCACAUUUGGUAUGAUGUUGUAGGACAGGGUAAGAGUCACGUUUUUAUUCCCUCUGUAAAACAUUAAAAUAACUGAAUUAUCUAUUUUUAUCAUAAUUUUAUUUUUUUUUCUUGUGUAAUAUUAAUAAAGAGAACAAAUCUAAAUGAACAUUUUCUAGUAGAAAUAAUAAUAACAAAAUAAAUUAACAAUAAUAAAAAUGAUGAAUUAAAUUUAAGAAAUGACUUUCAUAAUAUAUGUGUAAGAAGUAGGAAGAAUUGUAUUUAUUGUCAGUAAUGUAUGCUAUUAUAAUGUAUUUAUUUUAGUUUUAUUUAUACAAUAGCAUACUGUUCCAUGAUAUUAACUUGUAUCCACUAAAAAUUAAGUAUUUUAAACCAUUCUGUAUUAUCCAAUUCAUAAUUUAAAAUUAAAAUUAUAUUUUGAUUAAUGCA